AUGGCGGCUUUGUGUUUUUGUUUAGGGAUGCCCCAGGCUUGGGUGAAGAGUACCGCACCACCACGAGCGAAGCCUAGGCCAGCUUUGAAGCUCUCAGCUUCUCCCGACAUGCUCAUACCCGCCAUCGCUGAUCCAGUUGCCGAAGAGCCCAUCCUUCCGCUCCUUGUGGACUUCAUACCAGUUGGCAUGACCAUGCCGUCCGACAUAGUCAUGCCGGCUUCCAUUUCUCCGGUGCGUGUACCUGUCGGGGUCGCACUAGCGACGGCUGCGAUAGGCCUGCUGUUCCAUUCCAUGGUGACCGCUCCACGGCUUGCGGUUGGCAUGGGCUUCAUGUUUGGAGCCGAUGUGGUGCUGGAUGAGGCUGUGAUGCUGGAGCGCUGGGCGAGGGCCAUUGGAGCGGCUGCCACGAGGGCGAGUGUGAUGAAUGAGGAGGAAUGCAUUUAG